UCUUUCCCGGCGCGGCGCUUCCGGUUCCUCGGCGCGGCCGCCAUGGCGCCGCCGUGGUGCAUCUGCCGGGCGCUGCUGCUGGCGCUGGCGCUCGCCCUCGCCCUCCUCGGCCUGGCCGCCGCCGCGGGGCCGCGCCAGACCCCGGCGCUGGAGCUGGCGCAGGAGCUGGCGGAGGAGCUGUGGGGCGCGGGCCUGCCCGGCGACCUGCCCGAGCUGGAGCCCGAGUGCCGCAGCCUCCUGGCCGCCUUCGCGGAGGGCAGCGCGGCGCUGACGGGCUGCCUGGGCCGGCGCGCCCGCCCGGUGCGGCUGUGCCAGGGCUGCCACGACCACUACCGCCGCCUGCUCGCACAGUACGGCAGCAUCGCCCGCGCCGUCGGGAAUUCCUCUGAGAGCCACAAUUGUGCCAAAAGCAUCUUGACCUCAGACAGGCUGCAGAUAGUUGUGACCCUCUCGGAGUUCUUCAAUGAAACCUGGGAGGCAGCCAACUGUGCAAAUUGUUUAAAGAAUAACAGUGAGGGAUUAUCAAAUUCUACUGAAGAAUUCCUGGAUUUAUUCAAUAAAUCUCUGACAUGUUUUGAACAUAACCUUCAGGGGCAAGCCACUGAUCUGUCACCAAAUAACUACACAGAAGUGUGUAAAAACUGCAACGAAACCUACACAAAGUUGAAUGACCUGUAUAACCAGCUGCAGAGGAUGAACAGGCAAGGUGGUGAAUCUGCACACUCCGCACACUUGUGUAUCGACGUGGAGGAUGCAAUGAACAUCACUCGGAAGCUUUGGAGCAGGACUUUCAACUGUUCUCUUCCCUGCAGUGAUACAGUCCCAGUGAUUGCAGUUUCAUCCUUUAUUCUCUUCCUACCUAUUGUUUUUUAUCUUAGUAGCUUCCUUCACUCAAAGCAGAAGAAACGGAUACUCAUUUUGCCCAAGCGCAUCCAGUCAAAUGCCAAUCUUGUGAACAUCCAAGAAAAAUACAGCUGAGCUGCAAAACAAAACCUGAGAACUGCUGCUGGUAUACAGUGGGUACAAUUGUGUUGGAAUGAGGCCGGCACAAAAGAGGAGUUAAUUAUGGUUUAGUGUAAUGAUACAGAGCAACACAAGUUAAACAAAAUGCUGUCUGACUUCUAAGCGAGGAUAUUAACAAACAUGACAAGGCAGGGCUGUGUGACACUGUAUGGACUCUGGUUUUGAAAAAUCUGUGGUGUUUUUUUUUUCAGUCUCAGGCUGAAGCUGAUGUUUUUCUGUUCCUAAGCUUUUGUACUUCACAUCAGUAGAAUAGCUACACUUCCCUUGCAUGGUAUUUUCCUGUUUCUUUUUCACAAAAACCUGAUAUUUUGAAUCUUUUUGAGGUGAUUUUGAUAGACAGAGAAAAUAUCAAAUAAUGUUUGAUGUUUCUGCUUAAUACAUUAUUUUUAAUUCCACAUAAUAUCCAGAUCUGGGAUGGAAGGAACCCUUUAAAAAAGGUCCCAUCUUUCCUGUACCACUGAAAAAUCUGCUGCUGGCAUCUGUUAAAAAAGAGGCAUGAAGUAUGCAGAGAAAGUGGUAAUAUAUAGUGUCUAAAAUGGCAACAAAAGCAGCACAACUGCCACUGCUGGACUUGAAUAGUAAUUAUUGAUGGCUACAGUAUUCUGUUUUCUCUGAAACUGGUGGCAUAUUUAGUCUUUUGCACACUUUAACCACUAAAAUCAUUGCUUUUCAAAUUUUACAUUUUCAGAAGCUAAUUUUACAUACCUGCUUGGGUAACGAGGUUUCACUCCCUGUUUAUUAUGCCAUUUCCUUUCCUUUUUAAUUCUGACAUUUUGGUGAUUUUUAAUGUUUUUGUGGAGGAAAAGUGAGGUAAAGUCCAGUCACUGGAGAUGCUGAAUUUCCUGGUCUAGAGCUUGCUGUGGCUUAAUACAGAGGUGUUUACAGGAACUUUGUAGGGUAAAAGUUGUGUUUUCUAAUUAAUGUGUUUUAGCUUAAAGUGAACCAGCGGGCUCUUACUUAAAAUCUGUUCUGAAGAACAUGAAUAUACUGUGUUGGGAAUUGGUGACGUUCAAGAAAUAGUUCAAAAAUAUUCCUGUGAAAUAGAUGGAUGUAAACAAAUUCAAACUUGUAGAACUCCAAAGCUGAUGGAGAAAUUAGUGCAAUAACUGUGGGGAUGGGUGGUGCUGCUGUCAGGCUAUGGGCACAAUUUAAUGACAGCAGCAAUAGUGGAAGUUCAGUUUGUUUAUUGUAUUUCUGAUUUGGGGGAGUGGUGGGGUUUAAAUUAUUUAUAGCUGUACUGGAUGUUAAUGAAUGCCAGAGUCUAUGCUCCAAUUUUUAAAUGUAUUUUUGAUUUUCUAACCUUGAUAUAAAAAAAAAAUGGUCAUUACAGCUAAAAAAAAUUACAUUUCUCUUGGAAUCUGUCUCUGAUGUCUGUCAAAAUGCCCCAUGAAAUAGUUGUAUUUGAUUUGCUUUGGAGCCUAUAAUGUUGAAUUUUUUCUUUGCACUAAGGCUCAAAUAAAUAUGUAACAGUGUAACAAAAAUAGUCCUAAAGCUGUUCAAAUCAUUGGUUUUCUUCAUUAUUUUAUUUUUCUUCAUUAUUUUAUUUUUCUUCUGUUAGGACAUGCUUUUGGUUUUGAAGUCAACUUUAACAAGUGUAUUAAAGAGUAUGUUUAAUAAUAAGUUAAAAACUCCGUUAGCAUUUGGUCCCACCCACAUGAUUGCCUUUCUGUGUUUUAUCAGAAAGAAGUCUCUCUCUUCCUCUGUUUAACGUGUGAAUUACUAGAUCAGCAGCCACUUUGUCUUGGGUAGUUUACAACAAUGAUAUGAAACUGUGUUUCUCUUGCUUAUUGCAUAACAGUACCUUCGUUCGGCUGGGAGAGGCAUGCUGCCUUUUAAGACAAAAAAUAUUUUUUAUAUCUAUUAUUCUUAAACUUCAAUUUUCUGGUACUUAUUCAGCUGCCUGCUCUAAUAGCAUUACAUUGAUUUGGGACAUCAUAUGAUUGAGAGCUGUUCAAAGGAAUCUUUCAUUCGUGCAGAUAAAGCCAGUUUGUGUGUGCAGCAUUUCAGAAUGACAGCUUUUAUACUGUAAGCGGUGGCUUUUUGAGCACAUUCAUGUUAAGUAGGUCUGAAAGUCAUUACUUUUGGAUAUGAUGGUUAAGCACUUUAAAAAAAUCAGCUUUUCUUGUUUUCCUGGCUUCUAAGCCAAACGGAAAUACUCAUGUGACUUUUGUUAUUUUUGAUUUUAAAGCAGCAGCAAAGUUUACACUUGAGAUUUUUAAUGUUAAAUCUACUGUUUUCUCCUUUUUCUUUCUUCCUACCACCCCCCCCGACUUUCUACUGUAAACUUUCUUUACACAGUGUUAUAUUUUUGGUAGGAUAUUUCAUAUAAAAAAUAAUUGAAUUCUCUUUAUACUCUACUUGCUGGAGAAAUGCGGAAGCAAACAGACUGUUGAAAGAGAAAUAGAAUUCUUUUUGCUGCUAGUCUUUCAUCUUUAUUUUUUGCCUUUUUGGUAUUGUAUGUAUUAAAAAUAAUAUAACUUUGAAAUAUUGGUUGUUUGUAUUUUUUUUUUUUGUGGAAAUAAAGAUUUCUUACUGUGGGGGGGGUAGCACUUUGAUUCAUAUUUAUACUUACUAGGAAAUCUCUGAACGUGCAAAGUCAGCUCUAAUAAAGAUUGUCAAUAAACAGUGA